CAAUCUCACGCGAUAUCCGAAACCCUAAACCUAGAAAUCCACCUUCGACAAGUUCGACCCUUUCUUUUUUUCCUCUUUUCUUUCCGCACAAAAAGAGAGAGAGAGAGAGAGAGAGAGAGAGAGAGAGAGGGGAAGAGGACCUCUGAAGAAACCCUAGGCGAUGGAUCAGAAGAGCCACGGGACCCCUCCUCCGGUGAUCGGCGUCGGAACACCGGUGGCCUACCCCGCGGCCGCCGCGGCCGCGCCCUACCAAGCGUACCACCACCUCUACCAGCAGCAGCAGCAGCAGCAGCAGCAGCAACAGCAGCAGCUGCAGCUCUUCUGGGCGGAUCAGUACCGCGAGAUCGAGCAGACCACCGAUUUCAAGAACCACAACCUCCCCCUCGCGCGCAUAAAGAAGAUCAUGAAGGCCGACGAGGACGUGCGCAUGAUCGCCGCCGAGGCGCCCGUCGUGUUCGCCCGCGCCUGCGAGAUGUUCAUCCUGGAGCUCACCCACCGCGGCUGGGCCCACGCCGAGGAGAACAAGCGCCGCACCCUGCAGAAGAGCGACAUCGCCGCCGCCAUCGCCCGGACCGACGUCUUCGACUUCCUCGUCGACAUCGUGCCCAGGGAGGAGGGUAAGGACGAUUCCAUCCCCCGGCCCAUCGGCGCCCCCGCCGCCGAUCCCCUCACCUACUACUACGUCCAGCAGCCCCCGCCCCCGCAAAUGUGAGUCCUCAUAUCACCUCCGCUGCGCCUGUCCAUGUCUCUGUUCGUUGCAUGUGAUGGUUAGCCCUUAAUUUGCGAUUAUUUUGGAUGGGGAUGGCUUUAUCGCUUUUGGCUGUGUGAUCUAUCUUGCAGUAUAAUUAUCCUACUAAUAUAUUUGCUUGCUGUGACUGUUGGGAUCAUAUUAUAUAUGUUUUAUUGAUUUCAUCUAAUGAGAGUUAAAAAAAAAUAAAAAAUAACUAGUUGUAAAUUAUGUAGGAUUUGGAUCUUUUGUUGGAUCUUUUGGUGGAUCAUGUGUCAUGCUCAUGUAUCGUGUUUGCAGUUUCUGUGUUUCUUGAUGUAAAUGGGUCUCGAACUUCCUUGUAGAAAUUUUGAUCGAGGAUUGCCUGUUAUUCGUCGCUCCUUUAUUCGUUGUUGUUAAGAAACAAGAGAAAUGAGAAUUGAGAAUGGGGAUUUUGUGAAUUA